GGGUCUCCCUCAGCCAACAUGGCGGUGCCCUGUGUGUCCUGUGGCGCAGCAGUUUCCUACCGGCUCUUUCUCGCGGGUGGGGUUAGCCUCGCCCGGAGGCAAGGCCUUUGGAAAACCGCGGCAGCUGAGUUGCAGACGGGUACCAGAUCUCAGAUAUUAAGGCUAAGACAUACUGCAGUUGUAACAACAAAGAAAAAUGUUGCAGCCUCAAGACGUCAAACUUACACAGAGGAUUUUAUUAAAAAGCAGAUUGAAGAGUUCAACAUAGGAAAGAGACAUUUAGCCAACAUGAUGGGAGAAGAUCCAGAAACUUUUACCCAAGAAGAUAUUGAUAGAGCAAUUGCUUACCUUUUUCCAAGUGGUUUGUUUGAGAAACGAGCCAGGCCAAUAAUGAAGCAUCCUGAACAGGUUUUUCCAAAACAAAGAGCAAUCCAGUGGGGAGAAGAUGGCCGCCCAUUUCAUUUUCUCUUCUAUACUGGCAAACAAUCGUAUUAUUCAUUAAUGCAUGAAUUAUAUGGAAAGGUACUAGAUGUAGAAAAACAUCAAAAUCAGUUGCGAGCCAAAGGUCUACUUCCAGAAAAAAAUGAAACCAGAGACCUGAUUGGCAGCAGAUGGCUGAUUAAGGAGGAACUAGAAGAAAUGUUAGUGGAAAAAUUGUCAGAUCAAGAUUAUAUGCAGUCCAUACGGCUGCUAGAAAGGUUAUUGACAUUGCAACAUGGUGCUGCUGAAGAAGAAUUUGUGCAGAGGUUUCGCAGAAGUGUAACUAUUCAAUCAAAAAAACAGCUGAUUGAGCCUGUGCAGUAUGACGAGCAAGGAAUGGCCUUUAGCAAAAGCGAAGGUAAAAGAAAGACUGCAAAAGCGGAAGCAGUUGUUUAUGAACGUGGAAGUGGAAGAAUAAAAAUAAAUGGAGUCGAUUAUCUGCUUUACUUCCCAGUUACACAGGACAGAGAACAGUUGAUGUUCCCCUUUCACUUCCUUGACCGACUUGGAAAACACGACGUGACCUGCACAGUCUCGGGGGGCGGGAGGUCAGCGCAGGCUGGAGCGAUACGGUUGGCGAUGGCAAAAGCCUUGUGCAGCUUUGUCACAGAGGACGAAGUCGAGUGGAUGAGACAAGCUGGACUACUUACUACUGAUCCACGUGUCAGAGAACGGAAGAAGCCAGGCCAAGAGGGAGCCCGCAGAAAGUUCACCUGGAAGAAGCGCUAAGGAUUUUUUUACAGGAAAAGAGAGGAGAAGCAUAUAUAUGUGCCUGGCAUGUGACAGACACAUGAUAAAUAGUAGCUGGCCAGUGUGAGGGCAGCGGUAUCAGAAAUUUUUUUGAGUUGUGACAUGAUUUAUUUCUAAAUGUGACUUUGUAAAGGUUACCUUUAAAAAAUAAAAAAGAAUGU